UUCAACAAGGCUGUGCCCCCUUCCCCUCAAAUAUAAAAUUAAAAUCCUUUUCCCUCCCUUUAAUUACCACCACCGCAUUCUCUGCCUUAAUCCUUCAAUCCCCAUUCCGCUUUCAUCCACACAACUCCAUUUUCGCUGUCUGAACCACAUCCAGCUAUAUCCGAUUCCUCCGCCUUCCGAUCCCUUCCGCCGGCGUUUCAACCCCCCGCGCUCUCUCUCCCCCCCCCGAAAUGCCCGGCGGCGGAGGCGGAGCCGGAGCCGCCCUACUCCCCGACCACGCCACUCCAACCGCGGGGCUCCUCCUCCAGCUCGUCCGAGACAUCACUCUCGCCGGAGGAAGCGGGAGCGCUUCCACCGCCGCCGCCGCUGCUCCGUCGUCGACGUUCAGGAAGGAUUCCACGGAUCUGGUGCGGAGGAUCUCACUGCUCGCGCACUUCCUCGAGGAGAUUGCGGAUUUCGUCGGCGAAUCUGGACCGUUGGAUUGCGACGCCGCCGCUUCCUCUUCGUCGGCCAGUUGGUGCUCCGCGCUGCUCGCUGCUCUUCAGUCGGCUAAGCGGUUGUUGCUGGUUUCCGGCGGCUCCAAAUCCUCUAACCGCUCUGAUGGAGCUCACCGCAAAAUCGCUCUUCAGUUCCAAUCCGUAACGUGCAAGCUCGAGAAGGCUUUGGCUGAUAUCCCUUUCGAUCGCUUCAAUAUCUCAGAGGAAGUACAAGAACAGGUUGCAUUGGUGAGAUCACAGCUGCAGAGAGCCUCCGAGAGAUACAGGUUCGUGAAUGCGGAGACGAUCUCUCCCGCCGCCGCACCAUCAGCCCAACAACCUCUAGGCAGAGAGAUUGAUCCUGCACAAAGGGCCAGCAGCAACGGUAGCAGAUUGAAUCGGAGCUGGAAGAUUGAGAAUGUUGGGAGUGUCAAUCGUGAUUCCGCCGCAGCGACGGUGGCAGUGGAAAGCAACGAUGCCGACCAGGUUCAGGCAGGAGAGCUGACUGAAGAAGCUGCUGCAGGGGAGGAGGGAGAGAAGAAGAAGGCUAAUAGCUCAGGUAUAAAGAGUCUCGAGGACUUGAAGAAGGCCGAUGCUCCCACCAUCCCUGACGAUUUCCUCUGUCCCAUCUCCUUGGAGCUAAUGAGAGAUCCAGUCAUCGUUGCCACAGGCCAGACGUACGAGAGGUCCUUCAUCCAGAGAUGGGUCGACGCAGGCAACAUGACCUGCCCCAAAACCCAGCAGAAGCUCGAGCACUCGACGCUGACGCCCAACUACGUCCUACGAAGCCUGAUAGCGCAGUGGUGCACGAAGCACAACAUCGAGCAGCCGACGGGGUUCACAAACGGGAGAAUCAAGAAGGGCAUCCGCGGCUGCGACGUGAGUGGGGAUAUCGCCGCAGUUCAAGCACUGGUGCGCAAGCUGUCGAGCCGGUCCCUCGACGAGCGUCGAGCAGCAGUCCACGAGAUCCGAACCCUAUCCAAGCGGAGCACGGACAACAGAAUCCUAAUCGCGGAAGCAGGUGCCAUCCCUGUCCUCGUCGGGCUCUUAACCGCCGAGGACGUCGUCAUCCAGGAGAAUGCAGUCACCUCGAUCUUGAACCUCUCAAUCUACGAGAACAACAAGGGUCUGAUCAUGCUGGCGGGAGCAAUCCCUUCCAUAGUCCAGGUCCUUCGAGCCGGCAGCGUAGAAGCCAAAGAAAACGCUGCAGCAACGGUAUUCAGUCUAUCCCUCGGCGACGAGAACAAGAUCAUAAUCGGAGCAUCGGGCGCGAUUCCAGCUUUAGUCGAGCUCCUGGAGCACGGGAGCAGCAGCAGGGGGAGGAAAGAUGCUGCAUCUGCAUUGUUCAACCUGUGCAUCUACCAGGGGAACAAAGGGAGGGCGGUUCGCGCAGGGAUCGUCCCCGCGCUGCUACGAAUGCUGAGGGAUCACUCGCGAGGAGGAGGAGGCGGAGGCGCGAUGGUGGACGAGGCGCUGACGAUCCUGUCGGUUCUGUCGAGCAACGUCGAGGCGAAGGCGGCGAUCGUGAAGGCGAGCACGAUCCCCGUGCUGAUCGAUCUGUUGAGGACCGGGCAGGGGAGAGGGAAGGAGAAUGCGGCGUCGAUCCUGCUGUCGCUGUGCAAGAGGGAUGCGGAGAAUCUGGGUUGCCUGAGCCGGCUGGGAGCUGUGAUUCCGUUGACUGAGCUGGCGAAGAGCGGGACGGAGAGGGCGAAGAGGAAGGCGGGGUCGUUGCUGGAGCAUAUUCGGAAGCUGCAUCCCCACUAACGUUUGAAGUUUGAAGGUAACAACAGCUAACUCCAGAGUGGAGGAAGGAACAAUUUACUUGGAUUUAAUUAAUUGAUUUUUAUUUUAUUUCGUUUCUUUUUUUAUUUAUUGAUUCCUGAUUAUUUGACAACGAGGAUGGAGAUGGGGGAAAUCGCAAAAAAAGGCGGUUUUCUCGGUGUAUUUAUUUAAUUUUAUGUAAUUGUAUAAUUGAUUGUAAUCUCUGCUCUUCCUGUCCACCCCACGUUCAUGAGUGGCUAUUGUAGAAACUAGAAAGAAAGGAAGGAAAGGAGAGAUACCCAUAAUAAUAUGUUUGGCAUCUGAAUGAAAAGAAGAGAAUCAUCUGGCCAAAAGACAGAUAGAUUGAUUCCCCCCCAACUAUGGAUAUGUUUUUCUCUUUUUUUGCUGUUACGUUUUGAUUGUUGUGGGCUUUGUGGCUGGGAUUGUCCGUGGUCGUUUGCACUGAGGGAUUUCGAUGCUAAAUUCGGUU